AUGUCAUCCGGGAUUAUUCAUUUCGUCAAUGAGACGGGGCAGGGUGAGAAUGGGGGCCCGAGCAAGAAAAGGCUGUCGCGGAUCAACUCUCAUGUGGCGCGCUUCUCGCAUCAACGUCGCAAAAACAACAACAAUUCCUCGGCUGUGAGCAGGAAUCCGCCAUCGCUGCAAGUCGACUUUGUCGUGGAAGGCGCCCAACACGAAGCCUCUCGCACUUCCAGCAGUAGUCCCGAGCACAUCCCUCCGUAUCCAUCGCGAGACGCCAAUCGAGCCACACAGCCGACCAAUUUCUUCACUCUGGACCUACCAGACCGCCGUCACAGUACCGGGUCAACCGGGUCUGCAAAGGUCAAAGGCAACAAAUUGGCAAGACAUCAGUCUGACCCUGUCGACAUCCGGCAUUUCAAGAAGGAGGACGAAACCAGUUCUAAAGGCGUCAUCAGACGGCGCUCGGAUGGAGACCAUCACCCCUUCUGUUCGUCACCCGAGAUUGGGUCUCUGGGAUCAUUCUCCCAGCUUGGGGAUUCUAUUGACAUCUACGAGAAAUAUCUCCUCAAUUACUAUUUUACCGACCUGCAAACACAGAUGUUCGGUUUCCAUAGAGACGCCCUGUACUGCCCGCAAAGAGUGCCUGCGGCUCGGUCAAUACAGCAAUCGCGCGCGGCCCUGCAUUGGAUCCUUAUAAUCGCCGAGGAGCAAAUGGCCAAACGAAUAAAUGAGCCACCAAACUCGCACAUCCUCAACCAUUCAAUCUUGAAACGCAGAGCGAGCGGUUAUGGGAUGCUCAGGUCGCUGUUAAACAAUGCAGACUUUGACUUGGAGACGGCCGUCUUGGCCUUGCGUUAUGCGAUAUCGGCUGAAUGCUACAUGAACCACAAAGACGCUGCCAUGGAGCACCUGAAAGCAUUGGAUGCGUUACUGCAACGACCAGGGGCCCUAGAACACUUCGUUUUCAAUGCUGACAAGACCGCACUGUCACUCUCGACCCUCAAGAGAAUGUACGUGUCUGUGCCUUGCAGGAUAAGAUCAUUCAGCGACUUUGAAGCCAUCAAGACCAUGGUCUUCCUCAAGUGGAGGCGCUUACAGGCGUUGUCGAAACAGAACCAUGCUGAGCUAGUCCGCCACGCCUGUGCCGCUUAUCUGAUUAGCACCGACGAGAACCACAGGGUUCAACCCCUUCCACCAAAGCAUGCAAAAGAUCCUACUCCAGAGCAGUCUCUUCUGGAUCGGUAUAUCGCGAUUAAGAAGUCGGCGUUGUUCUCGAACUAUGCUUGUGAGACGAUGAACGCGGUUUGUGAUCCCAAAUGGGUGUACACCUAUCAGGCAGGGCUUUUCGCGUUGUUUUACGAUAUGAACAUGACAUUGGCAAGCUUUGGAAAGGAUAAUCUCCGCGACAAGAUAUCAUUCCUGGAAAGACUCAAAGUGGUCCUGGAUGCCAGCUCCGCGAAGACGUUGGGAGGGACGUCGGCGCUAUCUAUUGUGGACUGGGUUCGCGAGCAAUGCUACAGCGAGUGCUUCAAGAAGGACGAAGCGGUCUUCAAGGAAACCGAUCUUUGCACCUAUGAGAUCAACGGGUUUAAGAUCUUUGCACUACUCGAUAUCAACCAGCGAAUUCGUCUAACGGCAGCGUUGCGGGCUUGGUUGCUCAUCGAUAUCAGCGUCGACAUUGACGUGGAGAAAGAAGAUUUGGAUGAAGUGGAAUUUAUGUCGAUGGAAGAACAAGUCACCAGAGCUUGGUGGAACGAACAAUUGACACCAAACUCGUCGCCCUCGCCUUGA